UACUUAAAACUAAAGAUGAAAAAAAAAAAUCAAACCAUCAUUGUCUUACAUCCUAUUUCACUAACAAUAUUCCACAAAGUCUAUCUAUUGAAUUACUUAAUAACCAUCCAAUUGUCAACCUUUCAAUGGCCAGGAUCAUCGCCGCCACACCCUAGUAGCUCCACUUUUACCAUAUUAUUAUGUACAUAUAUAAUUGCAUUCUUUGCCAUUAUAUAGUACUCAGAAUUUGAGAAGUAAAUUUGAACUCUUUUCUCUCUAGAAAUACUGCACAAUGGUUUGUUUCUGUUUCUUGGUAGACCAACGUAGACGGAUUGGGAGAUGCAAGCCGGUGGCCGGAAGUUGUUCGCGGUGUGGCUGCGGAGCUAGUGUUGCUGACAUGAGAACCGCCACAAGGUUUUGUUGUGUUCCAUUUUAUUGGAAAUCUUGGAAAGCUAUUAUUUGUACAUUUUGUGGAGCUAUUCUUAAAUCUUAUAGAUAAAAUAUCACUUAUUUCAUAUGAAAUUGAAAAAAUAUACACACAAUAAACUGACUAUUUCUCAUUUCAA